GCGGCGGCAAUAGCAGUCGGUACCGGAGCCGUUGGGUGGCGGCGGCGGGCGGGGCCUAGGCCGACACCAAGCGCUCCCGCUUUCGCUGGUGGGCUGCUGCCCGCCGGUCGUUGCCGGGUGCGCGAGCAGGGACGGAAUCCCGCAGGGUCUGCGUGUGCGGGGGCGCGAGUCGCCGCUACCUCCUCCCGCCCUCGCCGCCGCUGCCGCUCGGCCUCCCCUUCCCCCACACCCCGGCCGGCGGCUCUCCCGGCGCCGCGGAGGGGCGGGCGGGGGCAGCAUCCCGUACCUAGCCGUUAUGUAAUCCCCGGCCCCGCGCGGCCCCGGCCCUGGCGGCGAGGAGCGGCGGAGCGGCGGCGGGGCCCGGGGCAGUGCCCUCCCGUUGCCUGUCGCGGGGCUCGCCUCCCGCGGGGAAGAAGCCGUGGGGGGAGCCGGAGGUGCUGGCAGGCCCGACGGGCACCGGGAGCAGCUCGCUGGCGUUCAGCGGACACAUCGUAAAAGGGCCUCGCUGUUUUUCCGCAGGCGCGGCGGAGGGGCGCCCCGGGACCCUGGAACGGCGCUGCACGAAAACAGGGCAGUACUUGAAGGCUUGACAAAUGCAUCCCAGAUUGAAAAACUGCUGCAUUCCUCCUCCUCUUCCUCCUCUAGAAAACUGACUUUUUGAAGAGGUAAGAGAGAAGCAAAGGAAGUAAGAAAAUGUUGGGAUCAGAACGAGGUGUUGUGGAAGAAUGGCUGUCAGAAUUCAAGGCAUUACCUGAAACGCAAAUUUCCAGCUAUGCAGCUACAUUGCACCGAAAAAAAACACUGGUACCAGCUCUUUAUAAGAUCAUUCAAGACCCAAAUAAUGAGCUCCUGGAGCCUGUUUGCCACCAGCUCUUUGAACUUUAUCGUAGUUCUGAAGUUCGGCUCAAGAGGUUCACACUGCAGUUUUUGCCAGAGUUGAUCUGGGUAUAUCUGCGUCUUACUGCCAGCAGGGAUAGGCAGAGUAAUGGCUGCAUUGAAGCAUUGCUACUUGGCAUUUACAAUUUGGAAAUUGCUGACAAAGACGGAAACAACAAAGUUCUAUCUUUCACGAUCCCUUCGUUAUCAAAACCCUCCAUAUAUCAUGAGCCCUCUACUAUUGGAUCCAUGGCUUUAACUGAAGGAGCUCUAUGUCAGCAUGAUCUCAUCAGAGUAGUUUAUAGUGAUCUUCAUCCUCAAAGAGAAACCUUCACAGCACAGAACCGGUUUGAGGUGCUGAGCUUUCUUAUGCUGUGCUACAAUUCUGCUAUUGUCUAUAUGCCUGCCUCUUCUUACCAAUCACUUUGUAGGAUGGGUUCCAGGCUGUGUGUGAGUGGAUUUCCACGGCAGCAUGAGAAACGCUGGAAAGAACGCUGCGGUAGAGUGGUAUUAGACCCCAAUUUCAUGGUGCAGCUGCUCACAGGUGUCUAUUAUGCCAUAUAUAAUGGUCAGUGGGAUCUUGGCCAGGAGGUACUGGAGGACAUAAUUUACAGAGCACAGCUUGAACUCUACUCACAGCCUCUGCUGGUUGCAAAUGCCAUGAAGAACUCACUGCCCUUUGAUGCUCCUGAUGCAUCACAAGAAGGCCAGAAGGUACUAAAAGUAGAAGUUACCCCAACAGUGCCGAGGAUUUCUCGGACUGCUAUUACAACAGCUUCAAUCCGUCGUCAUCGCUGGAGAAGAGAAGAUGGCUUUGACUUCUCAAACGAGGCUGACUCAAGCAUACCUGGCUCACCGAUCCAACACGGCUCCACAGACCUAGGGAUCAAACGUGAGCAAGAGGGGGAGGUGCCGAUGCGCAGGACCCCUGAGCAUGGCUUCCCGGAGCCCACCUUGGCAGCAGCCACAACAGAGGAUACUGAAGGUAUAAAUGGAAGAGAGGAAUCUGUGACCCUUAAUGAUGCUGAUGAAGGAUUUUCAUCAGGAGCUUCCCUCAGCAGCCAGCCAAUUGGGACCAAACCUCUACCAUCUGUGUCCCAGAAGAGCAGCUUAAGGAAAACGGCAAGUGGGCGUUCUGCUAAGGAUAAAGAAACCUCUUGUACAGCAAAAUCUAAUGAGAGCCCUCGCGAUUCAGUAGCUCGGAAGCAGUACGUGCACCAAUCCACUGACCUUGGUGCAGACAUAAUUGAGAUGACACCUACUAAGAAACACCUCAGCUUGCCUGCUGGGCAGGCGGUGUCAAAAGCCAACAGUCUGAGCCUGAUCAGGACCGCCAGUGCUUCCUCCAGUAAAUCAUUUGACUACGUGAAUGGCAGUCAGACAGGCUCCAGUGUUGGAGCAGGUUCGGAGUCUGUCACCAAUCUAGCAGCUGGCAACACCAAUCGGUUUUCAACUAUCAGCCUACAGGAGGACCGACUAGGCCAAGCUGGGGAAGGUAAAGAUCUCCUUCCUCCAGGAGCUCCCCUAACCAAACAGUCUCGAUCUCCAAGUUUCAAUAUGCAGCUGAUUUCCCAGGUGUAACUUUGACUUCCUUCCUUGGGACUCCUUCUUUCCCCUUAAUCCCCAGGCAAGUUCAUCCUUAGGCAAAACAUGAGCCAUCUUCCCGCAGUGUGAAAAUACUGACUGUUGUGAUCUUGUUUGAUUUGGUUUGGCUAUCAUAUUGUAUUACUGAAACAGCAAUAAUUCUUCCCUCACCUUCAUCCUUCCCCCCCCCCCUUCCCCCGUAAACAUGGUUGUGAAGCAGUAUAUAAUGUACUGUAUGCCUUUUUCCAUGCCUUCCUUUCUCCUUGGGUGAUGUGCAAUCCAUCGUAGGCUGAUCAGUCCCAUUUCAACACUGUGAGACUGGAGACACCGGCGGAAAUGGUGAAUGUGAUCCCUAUGAGAAGAUGCUUUGGCUUUGUUAAGAAAUAGAAACGGGUUUGUUUUCUUAGUGUACAGUACUGCAAGACUACUGGAUCAUGACUUUUCUUUCUCAGAACCAGGAGUGCCUCAGAGAUUCUAGUGUGACUUUGGACCUCUCUGAGUUUGUGCAAUCAGUUCUGGGGAGGGGAUUGUUGUUGCUGCUCCUGGCUGCCUACAGCACUUUUUUUUUUUUUUUUCUUUUCGGUUAAAAUAUGAGAGUAGUUGGUUUUUUUUUGCCUGCCCCCAGUCUCUCAUCCCAGAAUCUUGUGAUGUUCAGCAACCAAGACAUGCAUAUUAACAAGUUGGGGUUUUCCCCUCAGAGAGAGGAUUCUAAGUGGAUAAUGUAGGUUACAAUGCACUUCUAAUGGUGUUGUAGCCAUACAUAAUGUUACAUGUCUUCCUCUCCAGGACACAGGGUCAUUCUGGACAUAGACUAAAAUUUAGAACACGCGCUGCUGUUAAAGCAAUUUGGUUUGUAAGUGGGAGGGAAGCACUACUUUCCCAGGAACUAAUGCUAGCUCUGCUCCUCUUUUGUUGUUGUUCUUGUGAGGUGCUGAUCACUGAAUUGAAAGGUGUAUUCAGGUAGAGUAUUUCUCAGGCUGCUUUCUAUAUGGUAUCAUGGCUGUUGGACACCGCCACCCCUCUCGCUGCUUUCUCAGUAUCCCUGAAUUCAGUCAUGGAGUCGUUUGGAGAAUCCUGCAGCCCAGACAGACCAUACUCUUAAGGGGCUGUCUUGGGGAAAGCAACAAUAGUUUAUUAGAAAGACUGAAGCUUCAAUGUGAGAUGCUUUUCUGGAAGCAUGGUUUGUGCAAAGGGGUACUGACAGUCCUUGUUCCAUGAAGGAUCACACUUCAUUGCCUUGAUAUAUAUAAUCCAUUGAGGGUUUUUUAACUCUUUAUUUUAGUGGAUUGGCCCUACUCUAGAAAACUCAGAAUUUGUGGCAUUGAGCCAAGCCUUGAAUGUGUAUGACUGGUGUAUGGCCACUGACUGGUACUGAUGCUAAAGAACACUGCUUAGAGGCACAUUUCUGGUUAUGCAAGGAAAUGUCGUUUUCUCUCCAUCUCUCUCUCUCUCUCUCUUUUUGGAUUGUUAGAGGGAAAACAGGAAAGUUCAUCCUCUGUGCUUAAGUUCUAUAUGAUAUCCUGGAUGUUUACAGAUUGUAAACGCACAGGAAAGAGUUACAAUUUUUAUGUGGGCACUUUGGUUUCGUUGUCACUGUGAAGGAUAAACAUAAGCAGUUAUAAAUAGCAGGCUAUCUUUGAAUGAUAGUCUUUAAGAAAUUCAGGACAAUGACAUGGUGUUGCAUAGCUGGUAGCUGGUUUGGAGUUUGGUGGUUUGAAUCUCUUUAUUUCAAAUAGAACUUUUUUCCCAAAGUUAUGUUAAAAUUCAUUGAAAUAUUUGAAGGGGUUUUUUUGUGGUUCGACGAGUCACUUUAGUAGUCUAGUCUUUGUAUCUUACAUCCAUGAAGUGAAUUAAGUGGUAUCUGGACUGAUGCAGAUAUUCGAUUGAAGAGUAAAUGGAAUCAUCAUUGGAAAGAAAACCAUACAGUUUCUAAACUGAAUUUAAUCUUUUAAGGACCAUCAGUUACACGCAGAUGGAACUACGGCAAAGUUGAGAUUAAGCUAAAAGACAUUUUCUGUAAAAAUGUCAAAAGCUGUAUAUGACUGGACUCUGUUUUUUAAAGUUUUGCUAGUGGAGACAAUUGGUAAGUAGUGGCUGAAAGUACAAAGUUUAUAUUUUGUAGAGACAUCACAAAGGAAAUUCUAUUAAAGAGCUGUCACUGUAGAUUGAAAAGGACCAAAUAAUUUGCUUAAACCUUUGGGAAAGAAAAGGUCAGGAGUGUCAGCUAAGAAUGACUUUAUUAUAGUAUUUUAAAAAGUAGAGUUCUUCAUUAGCAAGGUUCUCUACUUUCUACGUUUGCCUUUAUAAGCAUUCCUUCAGAAGUUUUAGGAUACUUAAAUUGGUAUCAGGCCAGAUUUUAAGCCCCUUUUUAUGUAAUCUGAUUUUUAAAAAUUUUUUUUGUGUUUUUUAUUUUUAAACACUCUUAUCUGUGGGGUCCCGCACUAUUAAACUGUUUCAGGAGAGUGAGACAGUUCAGUGACUUCAGUUAGGGAAGUAAAAUGUAUGUGCAUAAAUUCAAAUUGGUUAAAACUUCAGACUACCUUUUUAAGAUAUUUUUACAGUUCUCAUUUUGAUGAUGUGCCUUUUGUUACUGUUUCAUCCAUUGUAUUUUGGUUGGUUCUUGUGUAUAUGUACCUACCACAUAUAAGGCUUUUUAAAGAGUUUGAUUUCAUACUGGGGGGGGGGGGGGGGGGGGGGAGAGAGUUUUUGCUAUGUGCGGAUGUGGUACAUCUCUAACUUCUCAAUUACUUUUUUAGUGCAAUGUUUUGGUUGUGGGAGCUUGUUUUGUCAUUUUUUCAGACAAGUACUGUUCAACAUCUAUCUUACAAAAUGAGUCACCGUAAAUAUCUGCAAACCAGCUGUAGUAACAGGCUUUGCCAGUGCUGUGUAUCGUGUCUUAUCAUCAGUGCUUCUAGAUGUGUCUCAGACUAUGCCAAGGUGCAUUAAGAUUGUAGCAAAAUUUUAUACACUAAAGUUCAUUACACUUCAAAGUAUGGUGGCAGAAAUAAAAUUAAAAAGUGUCUGGGAUGUGGGUUGAGGGAAUAAUCUGCAGGCUUUCUGUUGAUUUAUGCUAAGUACUAAACAAAGUGCAAAACAUACUUAAAUUUUCUGACGCCUGUGACAAAUAUUUAGACUUAAAAUCUCUUUAUCCUGAAUUCACUCUGCUGUGUCUUGUUUUAGAACAUUUGGUACUUGACAUGAGGCGCUAGAUUUAGACUUCUGCAGUAUUUCAGUGCAACUGCAGCAUUGUAAUAGAAGGUCGAAAGGCACGAACACUAUGGUUUUUUUCCUGUAUAUGUGCACAUGCAUGCACAUUCAUGUAAUUCUUAGGUGAGGAACUGUGGGUACUGUGUUUUGAUGUGUGUGUGUAUAUAUACGUUUAAGUAGGGAUAAAUGAAUUAUUCCUUGAUACAAUUUUUACCACGUCACAAUAUGCUGCCAUUUUGCAACUCUGUUUUGUUGGGCUUUAUAAUUUUAAGAAAUAGGAAAUGUUGGAAUUGCUAACUGCAACUUGUUUGUCCUUUUCAGGGAUUUAUUGUGAGCAGCCUUUUGUUUGAUCAGUGAGCCAGUUUUUCAUCCUGCAGGCAGCAAAGUCAUGAAGUAAAAAUAUCUAUUUAAAUGAGAGUUGCAAGAUGGAAGUUUAAAUUGCUGUAUUAUCCUUUUAGUUUUCAUUUGGAGACUUUGUAUGUCAGCUGUCUGUUCUAAAUGCAGAUUUCUUUGAACACCCUUUCUGAUGUGAAUUCGGAAAACUUUAACAGCAUACUUCGUUCUGUGAUGCUGAACAUGAUGUUGCAGCCAGUAAGCAUUAGAUCUGAUAUUUGUAGUUUGCAAGUGUGUUGGUCUUAAAUACAACAUUUCCAACAUACUUCUGCCAGCUUUAACGUAAUUUAAAUGUAUCUGUUUUAACAUCAAAAUAGUGAGAAGAAAAUAGUUUUCUGAUGAAGUAUUUAUUUGCACUACUUAUGAAUACUGGAGUUUACUGGGACAGGGUUUUUUCUCACCAUGUGAGGUUUACUUGUGUGUGGGGAGGUACAUUUGUCACGUGUUGACAAUCAGUUGCCUCAACUGUGUGUAUACUGUAUGUAAAUAUGAACAUAUUUUUCAAGAUUAAAGGAGAAACCUGCAUCUUGGUGGUGGUAAAGAUACUCUGUAGUAAGAUGACCCCAACUCUAACCCCUUUUCAUCUCCAGAUAGAAUGUAGUUUGUUUUACUCCUUUAAUGAAGAUUAUUAGUAUUUGAAAAAUUUUCACUCCAGGGAAAUUUUCCUCAAUAUUUAAUGUAUAACAUGUUCAGAGAAUUAUAUUUUGGAAAAUUAAUUUUUGAAUAGAUAAUUCUAUGCUAUGGCUGUAUUUUAACCUGAGAGUUUGAACUUGUCCUAUUUUAUGAUGAACCAGUGGCUCUCUCUUAAGUGUUCAGCAUUGUAACUUCAGUCACAAACCAGAAAUUUUUGUUUAUCUUGGCUUACAAAAUUAAGUUGAAGACUAAGUGAGAAGAACCAAGAAGUAACCUUUUGAGUAAAAUCAUAAAAAUCAAGCAGUACAGAUAAGGUAUUGUAGUCAUAAUCCUGGAGGCAGAUGAGGUAUUGUACUCAUAAUCCUGGAGGAGGUGUGGAAAAUAUAAUGGAAUAUGUUUGAAUGAAAUGUACAUACUGCACACAAAAGGAAAAAGAUGUUUCUGAUAUUAGUAAAUCUAAUAAUAUCAUCCUUAAAUUCUGCGGUUCUCAUUGCCAAAGAUACUGCUACCUUGGCGUGUUUAAUAUUAUAUAGCAUUAAAGCCAUUAGCUAGGUCUCAUUUGUAAAAACCAUUUACAGCCUAGGAAUAGUUUGCAUCAGAAAAGUAAACAUGCCCCUUUUUUAUUUAAAUUUUUUGUUUGCAGUAAUUGCAGGACUAAAUUGGAAAAAUACCACUCAGUUCCAAGCAUGGUAAGCAAAGAAGCCAGAUCCUCUGUACUUGCAUUGCAUUCUUGGUUAUAUCAAAUUGUUCAAUAUUUUAUAUUUUCUCCAGUAUUUUAAAUGCCGUUUGUUUCUAGCAUAUGGGCCUUAAUCUCUCGUGAUUUUUUUUUUUUAGUUUGUUUUCCCACUGGCACUUGGAUAAACUUUGCUGUGGAAAGCUUUUCUAUAUAGGUCAUUCAGGGUAACAGAUCAUGACAUGGGUGUUUGUGUUGGUGAAUACAUGUAUCAGUGUGUCAAAAUUUGCAUGUCAUGACCAGCUGAAGAGCCAAAACCUCACCUGCCUCUGACGCAGUGGUGGAAGGAUGAUGGAGAGCUGUGAGCGAGACUUGGUUUGUCAGUGGUUCCGGAAAACAAGUAAUAAGUGGAUUUUGCAGGACCAAUACGUUUGAGGACUUCCACAUAGUCAUUACAAAAUUUUAUUUAAAAUAAAACAAAUCUUGGAACAAGGUUUCAAAACAAAACAGCUGGCCAUUUCAGAUAAACUUGCCUAGUAAUUUUGGCAAGUGUCAAGGACUGUGACUUUUAAAAGUUCAGAAGCAAGCUGUAGAAGUCUUAAGGAUACCUUACAGCUUCCAGAAAUAGAUUUAGUAAAAAUCUGACCCAUUUGUCUGCAUUUGAGAUUUAGUGGGGAAAAAAAAUUAACCAUUUUUGCUUCCAUUCUUUUAUUAGUUUUCCUCUAGGCUGCACCCCCCCCCCACCCCCCCCCAUGUUUCUUUGGUUGAUGGGCUUUUUGGGGGUUUUUGGGGGGGGGGAGGUGUUGGGUUUUUUUCAAUGUGUUCAUCAGAUUUUGCCAAAGGUAGCAUCUGAGGGACCAAAUGAAUUUAAAAUGGGUCCAUAAAUUGUCCCUCCUUUCACAAAGGAUUAUUAAGCUAUUCCUGUGAGGAGCUGUUGAUGGGAACAGAUGUAUAGUAAAACUUUGUGUCUGUACAGUAAAACCUUGUCCUAUAUUUUAGCUUGUGCAUGAUGAGCAAAACGAUGAGAUCAAGUUGUAUUAACCAGUUCCUUGGUUGUGAGCUCCCAGUGUUUUACAGUCAGUGAGAUGUAAGCAAUUUAGAGUGGAGUGUCUUUGCUUUCUGACGAUUAAUCACUCAUUAAAACGGGGUUUAGAGUUCACACAGGUUUUUGGUUUUAGAGCGUGAAAUGUUCAGGGGAGACUUCUGUUCAGGAGUUAUCCCCCUAGUAAAGUGACUCUGUGGUGCUUUGUCAUGGAGACUUCCAUACAGAUGGGAUCCUGCCUGUGUGUGUCUUCAUCCUCCCCCGAACUGAUCACAAAACGAAAAGCAGUGUGAAUGAAGCAACCAUUUACUGUCUGUUCUAAAAUGAGGAGGACUCAGGAGUGACAGAAGUACUGGCUAUUGACGCUGUUCUUUCUGUUCGGGCUUUGUUAUUGUGCUAGACUUUUGUGUUACUAGGUUAUGAGAAAUGCAAGUAGUAAAAACUUUGUGGCUUCACGUAUACAGUAGAUGUGAGUUAAUGAUCACUCAGGAUAAACCCACCUUGUUGAAGUGUUAAUAGAUUCCUUGUACCUGG